CAUGUUCUAUUUCUCCGGAUUCCAUUUUCUGUUGUCAAAAUCACAUAAAACCAAAUGGGAAGUGAACGGGGCCUAAACAAAGCAAAAUUUCGACUAUUUCCCCCAACCGACCGCAGCAUCCUGCAACUCUCCGGUCGGCCGUCGCCGUCUCGUCCUCCACAAAUCCCAACCAUCCAUAAUUGAUUUGAGUCCCUUCUUCGCUCUUCUCAACUCGUUGCUUUUUUCGCAGCUAGCAACUUGCAAAGAUGAAAUUGGACGUGGAGGUCCUGAGAUACCUCUCGAAGGAUGAUUUCGGAGUUCUUACUGCUGUCGAGAUGGGCAUGAGGAACCAUGAGAUUGUGCCUGCCGAAUUGAUUUCCCGUAUAGCUUCUCUUAAGCAUGGGGGCACUUAUAAAGUAUUGAAGAACUUGCUCAAGCAUAAAUUAGUGCACCAUGACUCCUCAAAAUAUGAUGGGUUCCGUCUUACCUAUCUUGGGUAAGAUUUCCUCGCAAGUAGAACUUUGGUAAAUCGAGGAGUUAUCGCAUCUGUUGGCCGCCAAAUUGGCGUUGGAAAAGAGUCUGAUAUCUUUGAAGUGGCUACAAAGGAUGGUAGAGUUUUGGCUAUGAAGUUGCACAGACUCGGUAGAACUUCUUUCAGAGUUGUAAAAUCAAAGCAUGAUUACCUGAGACAUCUAAGUAGUUUUAGCUGGCUUUAUUUGUCUCGACUCGCAGCACUCAAGGAGUUUGCUUUUAUGAAGGCUCUGGAAGAUCAUGGUUUUCCUGUUCCGAAAGCUGUGGAUUGUAAUAGACACUGUGUGAUUAUGUCCCUUGUUCAAGGCUAUUCACUUGAACAAGUGAGGGAAUUGCAGAAUCCAGAAGUUGUUUUUGAAACUGUUCUUGGUCUUAUCGUUCGUUUGGCAGAACACGGGCUCAUUCAUUGCGACUUCAAUGAAUUUAAUAUCAUGAUUGAUGACGAUGAGAAGGUGACCAUGAUUGAUUUCCCCCAGAUGGUAUCAGUGUCUCAUCGAAACGCACAAAUGUUCUUCGACCGUGAUGUUGAAUGCAUCUAUAAGUUCUUUGCCAAGAGGUACAACCUCUCUUUUGAGGAUGAUGCCGACGAUAACAAUUCUGCACAUUCAGACAUAGACGAAGCUGGCAGACCUUCCUUUUCCUUGAUUUCUAAGUCUUCUGGUUUUCUUGAUAAGGAACUUGCUGCUAGUGGAUUCACACGGAAGGAUCAAGAUGAUAUGGAGAAAUUCAUUGAAAGAGGUGCCGACGACGAAGAAGAUGAGGAUGAAGAGCAUGUUUCAGAGGUGCAUGAACCCGAGAUCACGAAUUUAGAUUCUCUGCAGAUAGAAGAGCAGGUAGAGCAAACGAAUGAAGAGGAGGAAAAAAUUGUUGCGAAUCAAUUGACUGAAAAGGCACAAAGCGACAGCCUUGGAGUGCAAGAUAAUAAUGAUGAGAUAUGGGAAGAGGAAGACGACGAGAAUGCAGCAGAGAGUGAUGCAGAGCUGACCAAGAGACUGAACAAGCACAAAAAGCGAGCAAUAGCAGUAGCCCGUGGGAGCCAGAAUCGAAUAUCCUCCAGAAAUCUAUAUAAAGACAAGGCUGGUAGAUCCUCUCAGAGCUCCAAAGUUUAGAAGAACUUUGGUGGCUGGUAAAAUCAAAAUCCAUUAGGGAUUUACAUGGAGUUGUUUGGUCAGUUCUUGUGCCGCCUCGUUGUCUGACAGUUUUGAUAUAUAGGUGAGAGAGACCAGAGGAGAAGAGAGCUUGAACAAAAAGCCUAAAAUGAUAUGUGAUCAAUCAAAAAGACUUUCGUGGUGAUCGUAUUAUUUAUAACAAUGAGUUGGUGCGAGUGUACAUGAUUAAUUAGCAAGCUGUUAAAGGAAAAGACUUGAUUAUGGCAUCGGGAGCUAAAAAAAGGAAGCAACCUUAGAUAGGUAAUCCAUU